AUGCAUUCAUGGGUGGUAAUUAAUAACAAGGGUCAAAAUAGGUGCCCUGAGGCACAUGCAGAUGGAGCAAUGGUAGAUUCUGAUGGAUCCAUUGAAACAGACCUCUUGUCCGCGUUUUUGUUUUCUGAAUUUCGAGGAUGUGGUGGGGUCGGAUGUAGUGGAAGGAGGGAGGAGUUCUGCGGCAUUUGCAUUUCAGCAAGCUAUCUUGUUGCAUUUGAGAUUGCGGGAAUUCCGGACAAUUGCGACCGAUGCGGCAACUGCGGUCACUCAAAACAUCAUGAAGUUGCAGCCAAAAUCAUAGCUGCGAAUCCUUUUUUUGAAAACCUUGAUUUCAAUGGUGAUAUUGUUGAUAUUGCUGAUGCAAUUGGCACUGGGUUAUUUGUUUUAAGGUAG